GCGAUUUCUAUUGUAUAUUUUUCAUUCCAUCGUCACAAACAUUAAGGAUAGAUGGAGUGCAGAAAAUUCGAGCUGACCCUCAUAUCGGCGAACCAGCUUGAAGACGUCCGGAGGCUCUUCAAGAUGGAAGUGUACUGCAAGGUGAGCAUCGGAAGCAACCCGCGGAUGGAGAAGCGGUCGCCGGCGGACCGGCACGGCGAGAUAAAUCCGGCCUGGAAUUUCUCCAUGGAAUACACCAUCUUGGAGGAGAUGAUUCAGCACCCAAACACCAUGUUCGUGAUUAAGCUGUAUUGUAAGCGCAUGCUGGGGGACAGGUACGUCGGGGAGGUGCACGCGCCGCUGAAAGAUCUCUUCGACUACGCCUACCACAGCGGCGGUAGCGCCGUCGUGACCUACCCGGUGAGGAAGGGCUGCGCGGAUUCUCAAGGCGCUUUGCGGUUUUCGUAUAGGUUUGGGGCCAGGAUUUCGAUUGAAAAGCUUCUCUUGGCGGAGACUCUUGCUGGAUGGGGUAUGCCCUGAUGAUUCCAUCUAUACCUGACUUAGUUUUGUAAGGUUAGAUGUUAUACAGGUGUAAAAAUGAAAGUACAUUUUUUUGGGUGACGAGAGAAAUCAGAAUUCACUAUUCGAGAGUGUACAUGGGAUAAGUUUAGCUUUGUGACCUUAGUUCGUAAAGGAAACCAGCCUAUGCCCAUAGUUGACAAUGCAACCAGAAAGGUCAUUAGGCCUGUCAUUAGAGUUGAACUAGUAACUUUGUAGUUAUUAAAUCAAUAAUUUGACGAACUUGAUUGGUUGUCUAAAAUCAAAGUUAAUUUGAUUUUCUGAAACAGCUUUGUGGCCAUUGCUAGUGUUUUUUUUUUUUUUUUUUUCUUUGAAUAUGCUUGUUUUUGGAGGUGUU